GGGAUUUGUUUGUCAUCCAGUGAAAGAUCAAUGACUAAAUUCAAUAUUUUCCCUAUCUCUUCCAUUUCAGUUCAGUUGAUAAGAUACUUCUCUAGUUCGCUUCCUCUCUAAAGCUCUGAGAAAACAGAGCAGCAGCAGAAAUGGCGUAUAAUCUCUGCGCUUCGGCUUCUUCUCUCUAUCAACCGCUCUGGAAUUCGCUCUCUUCUCCGUCCCGAGACCCUAAAACAAAGCCCUCAACCUAUUAUUUCACAAAGCUUCCAACUUUCCCGCCUCAAUUGAAGCCUUCUUCGCUCCUGCAGCUCACCACCACCCAUGUCUCUCUACGCGACUCUGUCCCGCAGCAAUCCGCAAAGGAGGAGGAAAAUGUCAGGGACCCAAUUGGAAAAGAAGCUGGGACUUCGUCAAAAUCCUACGUCUGGGUGAAUCCCAGAAGCGCCAAAGCUUCCGAGCUCCGCAGAAAGUCAUACGAUGCUAGGUAUUCUUCUCUCGUUAAAGCCUCCGAGGAUUUGAAUUCGUGCGAGGCGAGCGUGGAGGAAGUUUCGAGAGUUUUGAAUGGGCUAGGACAUAAUUUGUUGGAGCAGGAUGCGGUGGUUGUGGUCAAUAACAUGACGAACCCUGCAGCGGCUUUGCUUGCGAUGAGGUAUUUUAGGGAUAAGCUGAAGUUCAACCGGGAGGAGGUUAUGUAUAAUGUGACGAUGAAGGUGUUGAGGAAGUGUAGGAAGAUGAGUGAAGCCGAGGAACUGUUUGAUGAAAUGCUUCAGAGAGGGGUGAAGCCGGAUAAUGUCACGUUUUCGACAGUGAUUAGCUGUGCAAGGAUGUGUAAUUUGCCUGAGAAGGCAGUGGAGUGGUUUGAGAAGAUGUCGAGCUUCGGUAUUACACCGGAUGAUGUUACUUAUUCCACAAUGAUUGAUGCUUAUGGCCGAGCUGGCAAUGUGGAAAAAGCUUUGAACUUGUAUGAUCGUGCUCGAGCAGAGAAGUGGAGACUUGAUGCUGUGACAUUUUCAACAUUGAUCAAGAUUUAUGGUAUUUCCGGGAACUAUGAUGGAUGCUUGAAUGUUUACGAGGAAAUGAAGGCUCUUGGCGUUAAACCAAACGUGGUUACCUUGAAUACUUUGCUGGAUGCCAUGGGUAGAGCCAAGAGACCUUGGAAGGCCAAGAUAAUCUACAAGGAGAUGAUCGAUUCUGGACUUACCCCAACAUUUGCGACCUAUGCAGCUCUCCUGCGUGCUUAUGGUAGAGCUCGAUAUGGAGAGGAUGCUCUCGUCGUGUACAGAGAGAUGAAGGAGAAAUCCAUGGAGUUGAAUGUAGUUCUCUACAAUACUUUAUUGUCAAUGUGUGCUGAUCUUGGUUAUGUCGAUGAAGCUUCCAGGAUUUUCGAGGACAUGAAGAGCUGUAAAGUGGAGCCCGAUAGUUGGACAUUCUCAUCUUUAAUCACCAUAUUCUCAUGCAGUGGCAGAGUGUCUGAGGCAGAGAAUGCUUUGAAUGCAAUGGUGGAAGCUGGUUUCGAGCCUAAUCUUUUUGUUCUAACCUCAAUGAUCCAGUGCUAUGGUAAAGCUCAGCAAAGUGAUGAUGUCGUCAAGACCUUUAACCGUCUCCUCGAGUUAGGAAUUACUCCAGACGACAGGUUCUGUGGGUGCCUUCUGAAUGUGGUUACUCAAACUCCAGUGGAAGAGCUCGGUAAGCUUGUUCAAUGUGUCGAGAAGGGUAACCCCAAGCUUGGUUCUGUGGUCAAACUUCUGGUACAAGAUAACCAUGAGGGUAACUUCAAGGAGCAAGCAGCUGAGCUUUUUACCUCGGUUGCUGCUGAUGUGAAAAAGGCUUACUGCAACUGCCUAAUUGAUCUCUGUGUGAAUCUCAACUCGUUGGAGAGAGCUUGCGAGUUGCUGGACUUAGGACUAACACUGGACAUCUAUACAGACAUACAGUCGAAGUCCCCAACUCAGUGGUCCCUAUACUUGAAGAGUCUAUCACUUGGGGCAGCUCUAACUGCACUACAUGUUUGGAUAAACGACUUGACCAAAGCAGUGGAAUCUGGAGAAGUGCUACCGCCAGUACUAGGAAUAAAUACUGGGCAUGGGAAGCACAAGUACUCAGACAAGGGGUUAGCUAGUGUGUUUGAGUCUCACUUGAAGGAGCUGAAUGCUCCGUUUCAUGAAGCUCCUGAUAAAGUUGGUUGGUUUUUAACAACCAAGGUUGCUGCUGAAGCUUGGUUGGAAGCCAGAAAAGAAGCUGAAGUGGUAGCUGCUGUCUAGGCAUUAGCAUUCGUCACUAAAGCUAACUCGGUUGCUAUGAUUCCCGACUGGUAUGUUCAUGAUUACCUUACCUUUCUAGGUAGAGCUCUUUUUCUCCUUUUUGUACCUUUAUAGAGACGGCAUUUAUAUAUAUACAGAUUAUAAUUGGAGUUUGCUAUGAUGAUGACCCAGUUGACAUCCUAAGGAAUUGGAGAUGCCAUAACAGUUUUGUGGAUUCCAUGACUACUCCAUUUUGUAUGGUUGUCUCUUAGUUGUUCCUUACAUUAUUGAAAGAAGGCUUUUUCAUUGACUUAUUUGUUGGUGAAGGCAUUAGAAAAGGCUUUCCGAGUUUGAAAGUAAAACCCUUUUUUAUUUGGGAGAAAUUAUGCUUAGGAACGUGGGAGUGGCACAGACCUUCUUGACUUUAUGUCUCUAAAAUGGGGUUCCAAAACAUUUAACAACUAAUAAACAAUAAACUUGGUCAUGGGUA